CUUAGAAGCGAAUCUUACGACAGUGCCGUAAACUGUGACAUCCAUCAUGGCGGACGUCCGGGCGGACUGAGGUCAUUUGCCGAUCCCGGGUUUUUGGUUCCGUGAUUUUGUGGAAACGGGGCGAGAUUUGAACCUGGCAACGGUUGGGAGAUAAAACGGAGAUAUGGGGACUGUACAUGCGAAGGCUCCGGAGGCUGGAGGAGUAGCAGAGAUGGAGGAACACGAGAGACAUGAGAUUGUUCUGGACAGCAAACCGGUGAAAGUGGAGCGUGUCCACGUGGACGGACUGGGUCGUACCAAAGACAACAUCAUCGUGAGGGAGGUGAAGGAUGUGCUCAACUCCACCAGCUUUGAGGACGUGAUCCGGAGGUCCCACUACGCCAAGACGAGGCUGGAGCGGCUCGGCAUCUUUAAGAACGUCGGCAUCUUCAUCGACACAUCGAAAGGUCCGGAGGCUGACCCCAAUGGCCUGGAGGUCACCUUCGAGGUCAAGGAGCUGCGACCUUUGACCGGCACAGCCAACACCAUGGUCGGGAACAACGAGGGGUCGAUGGUGUUUGGAGUUCGGAUGCCGAACAUAUUUGGGCGAGGAGAGAAGGUCGUGUCGGAGUACUCCUACAGCAACAAGCAGAGGUCGUCGUUUGCUGUGACCUUCAUGAAGCCGCUUCACGGCAACCCCGACUACAGACUGAACAUCAGCGGCUGGAAGACUGUCGGACAUUAUCCAUGGAGCAGCUACAAGGAGGUGGACAGGGGCGUGGCCACUGAGAUCUCCUUCCCCCUGCUGGGCCAGCAGACAGUACGUUGGGAGGGAGUCUGGCGGGAGCUCGGAUGUCUCACCAGGAUGGCGUCUUUCGCAGUCCGGGAGCAGGCCGGACAUUCCCUCAAAUCUUCUCUCAAGCACAUCUAUGUGGUGGACAGUCGGGACGACCCAAUCCUGCCCACUAGAGGGGCCAUGUUCAAACUCAACCAGGAGCUGGCUGGUAUUGCAGGCGGGGAUGUGAAGUUUCUGAAGGAGGAUGUUGAACUCCAGGUCAACAAGGAGCUGGUCUGGGACACGAUUGUCUCCUGCUCGUUACGAGGGGGGGUCAUGAAACCGCUGCAGGGCACGUCUUCGCGGAUAAACGACCGGUUCUUCCUGGGGGGUCCCACUACCCUGAGGGGCUUCGACAUGCACGGCGUCGGGCCCAAGUCAGAAGGAGACUUUAUGGGCGGAGAGGGGUACUGGGCAGCCGGUGUCCACCUCUACACCCCCCUNNNNUUCCGGCCGGGCAGGGGGGGUUUCGGCGACCUGUUCCGGACUCAUGUGUUCCUGACGGCCGGGAACCUCUUCCAGCCCAACUUAGAGGAUGUUUAUAACUACCGUGACCACUGGGAGAGGAUGCGGUCGGACGUCCGCUGGUCGUACGGCGUGGGGAUCCUGUUCCGGCUCGGCCGCAUCGCCAGAUUAGAGCUGAACUACUGCAUACCAGGGGGGGCCAGGACGGGGGACAAAGUGAGUGAAAGUGUACAGCUGGGGGUUGGCGUCACCUUCCUGUGA